CCUUCAUAUUAUCUCCCAUAUAUACUCUUCCAUCAUCUUAUAGAAUUCCACAGCACAUUUUCUCUUGCUAGCUUUCUUUUAAUAAAACACCAUGGCUGAGAAACAAUCCCACCUGAACGGUGCCUACUACGGCCCGGCAGUCCCACCACCAACCCAAUCCUACCACCGCCAUGGCCGUGGCCGGGGGUGCGGCUGCUGCUGCCUCUUUGGCUUCCUUUUGAAGCUCGUAGUCUCCCUUGUUGUCAUCAUUGGCCUUGCUGCUCUCAUCUUUUGGCUCAUAUUCCGCCCCACCAACGUCAAGUUCUACGUCACGGACGCCUCGCUCACGGAGUUCACUUUCACCGGCAACAACACUUUGCAGUACAACCUUGCCGUCAACAUCACCGUCAGAAACCCCAACAGGAAGAUCGGAGUCUACUACGACACCAUCGAGGCCAACGCGUACUACGAGGACCAGCGGUUCGGUACGAAAAGCUUGACGCCGUUUUACCAAGGGCACAAGACUACGAGCUAUCUGAACACGGCGUUUGAAGGGCAGCAAUUGGUGUUGCUUGGGACUGAUGAGCUCUCGCAGUUCAAUGCGGAGAAGACUGCCGGGGUUUACACCAUUGACGUGAAGCUCAAUCUCCGGAUCCGGUUCAAGGUAGGAAAGGUGAAGACCGGCCGGUUGAAGCCUAAGGUUAAGUGCGACCUGAAAGUUCCUCUGAGUUCUACUGGAAAUUCAGCAGUUGUUUUUCAGAAUACCAAGUGCGAUGUCGAUUUCUGAUCGUCCGACCUUCUUUAUGUUUGAUUGAGUCCACUAUUUUUAUUUAUUUAUUUAUUAUUAUUAUUAUUAUUAUUUUUUAUUGUGUAUGUUAUCAUUCUUCUAGCUUAUUCACGCAUACGGAUUGUAUUUGCUGAUCAUGAUGAUAUGCUUUUAUUAUUGGACUUUAUCAUAUUUUUAUCUGUUACUUUCGUUAUGCGUGUAAAUAAAUAAAUUAAUCAUAAAUAUAGCCACGAUUCUUGAGUUUUUCGACAA